CGGCGCCGCCGCCAUGGCGGCCCUGGAGCGGCCCGUGCCCAGUCCCGAGGCGUUCCUGGGCCAGCCCUGGGCCGCCUGGGUCCGGGAGGCCGCCCUUCCGCACACGCACUGCGCCGCCCCCCCGCACAGUGUAGAGCUAGAAGAGACUGGAAAAGAGAGUGGAAAAAGCAGGGAGGUGAUGAGGCUUAAUAAAGAAGAUAUGCACUUAUUUGGCCAUUAUCCAGCUCAUGAUGAUUUCUAUCUAGUAGUGUGCAAUAUCUGCAAUCAGGUAGUCAAGCCACAGGUUUUCCAGUCACACUGCGAACGACGACACGGUUCAAUGUGUAAAUCUUCCCUGUCUCCAGCGUCUCCACCCUGCAAUUCCCGGGCAUCACUAAUACAGAUGAAACCGAAAUCGUGUAUCAGCGGCCAUAACCCUGUCAACAACAACUCAAAGCCAUUCAAAACACCCAAAGACAAUCUACUUACCUCCAAUAGCAAACAGCACAUGGUCUUUUCUUCAAAGGUAUCGAGGGAUAAGCCUUGUGUUCCCGUUCCUAUAGUCAGCCUAGAGAAAAUCCCUAACCUAGUGAAGGCAGAUGGUGCCAAUGUUAAAAUGAACUCUACAACCACUACCACCAUCACCACCUCCUCAGCUUCAUCAUCUGCCAUAACUGCUCCAGCCUUGGUUAAAUCUGCUUUGACAUCUAAAUCAGUGCCACCAUCACCAGAAAAGAUUCUGAACGGCAAAGGAGGCCUAGCUCCAUCAGUAGAUAAGAAGCACCAGAACAGCACUAAAAACAGUAACAAGCCUUACAAGAGACUUUCAGAAAGAGAGUUCGACCCAAAUAAACACUGUGGAGUAUUGGAUCCUGAGACAAAGAAACCCUGCACAAGAUCACUCACCUGCAAGACUCAUUCACUGAAUCAUCGGCGAGCAGUUCCAGGGCGCAAGAAGCAGUUUGAUGUCCUUCUGGCGGAACACAAAGCCCGAUCCCGGGAAAAAGAAGUAGCAAAAGAUAAGGAACAUCCACAGUCUGUAAGGGAAACACAUCAGAACCAACCUGUACCAGCACAAGACUCUCUAUCAGGAGUUUCAGUAAAUUCUGGGCAAGAACCCAAAGGAACGUCGCCUGCAAAAUCUAGACCACCCAAUUCAGUAUUUCCUAGAUCCUCCUCUACAAAUAGCAUAAAUAGUACCAGUUCUUCAAACCACAGUGGGUAUGGACAGGAACUCCCUUUGCCUUCCAUGACGGGAGACUUGCCUAGUCGAUUAUCUAGUGAUGAGGGGGAAGUGGACAUAUCUGAAGAAUCUGAAAAAUUAGAUUGCCACUAUUCUGGACAUCAUCCGCGGCCUCUUGGGUUUUGUUCAUUUGGAAGUCAUCUGAUGGGAAGAGGGUACUACGUAUUUGAUAGAAGAUGGGAUCGUUUUCGACUUGCGCUAAAUUCUAUGGUAGAAAAACACUUGAAUUCACAGAUGUGGAAGAAAAUCCCUCCUGCGGUCGAUAGUCCUAUGCCGUCUCCAGCAGCACAUAUCACAACCCCUUUUUCAGCAUCAGUUUUGCAGCCUUUCAGCAAUCCCAGUGCCGUGUAUAUUCCUUCAGCCCCAGUGAGCUCGAGAAUCCCUUCUUCCUACAUAAUGACUUCAGCCAUGGUACCCAAUGCAGCUUUUGUGACGAUGUCUGAUACAAAUUCUGUUACAUCACAUGCCACCACCUUCCCCCACGUAGCUGCCAGUCUGAGUAUCAUGGACUCAACAUUUAAGACUCCAUCAGUCGUGUCACCAGUGCCAGCGGUCGUACCUUCCUCAUCCCACAAGUCAUCCAAAACGAAAACCAGCAAAUCCUUAAAAGUCAGAGAUCUGUCAUGCCGUGGUGAUGAGUCUUCAAGUAACAAAAAGAAAAGGCCGCCUUCCUCCUCCUCCUCUACAUUAUCCUUGCAGAAUUCCUCGUCUUCGUUUUCAGGGUCCCACAAAAAGAACUGUGUCUUGAACCCUAGUUCAACCUUAAACUCCUAUCAGGCUACGUCUUCUUAUAACAGUAUGUCUGUGCACAGCACAAACAAUGGAACAACCCCACUCAGUGCCAAACUGGAGUCCUCAGGACGAACUGCAUUAUCAAGUAGCUCAACAGACUCGGUGAAACAUAUGAGCAUUGUAGUUAGCAGUAUUGACUCCUCUGGUUUGUCUAUACCUUCCCUCGUUCAUCAUUCUGGGGACCACUCCCUGGCAGCACACAACGCAGUGUCUUCUCUGCCCCUUUGUUUUGACAAAUCAGAAGGGAAAAAACGUAAAAACUCUAGUUCUAGUAACAAAGCCUGUAAAAUCACUAAAUUGCCUGGUAUGAAUAGUGUUCACAGAAAGAGCACUGCCAACCUUAUUUCUGCAGUGCCAGAUACUCCAAACAGUUCCAUCUCUCGGCAGAUUGGAAAAAAUAGCAGUGUAGCUUUGUCUCAAUCCAGUCCUUCAAGUGCAACAAAUCCAGUUCACAACAAACAAAAGACAUUAAACCGGACUGGUAGGAUAAGGACUCUUCCAUAA